AUGCCCUUGUCUGGGGGCUCCAACCAAUGCAGCAACUACACUGACAGAAAUAAUGGUAGUGAUGGUGUUAGUGGUGAGGGUGUUGGUAUUGACGGAGGAUCAGAUGUGGGAAUAGAAGUGGACGUUUCCGCGUGGCUGGUGAACAUGCCGCAGUUGGGUGAUUUGUGGCCUCGGGUCGAAGAAUAUCUCACUCAGUCGGCAGCGAAAAUUCGGAAUAGUGGUGCUUACACGAAGGACCCACUAAAAGGUAUCAGACAUCGUAUGAGCUGGUAUGCUGUCAUAUACUACGCUUGUGCUGGUCAUCCGCAGAGGUUCUGUGAAAUCUAUCAGUACUUGGCUUUGUUUCUACUCAACGAUUUGGAGACGAAUGCCCUCCCACCCGUUUUAUCAGCGGUUGCCACAUAUGCGGACACUAAUCCUGAAUUUGACGUGGUCGCGAGAAGGGAAGGUUUUGAACCCCCAUUGCGUCCGAAUAGGAGUUUGUUGCAGGAGUUUGUUCAUCAGUUUAGGUUGUUUAUGUUAUUCCGUCGUGUCGUCCUGUCAUGCUUCGGAUACCUUGACCAGUGGUACACGGAGAAGUUCCAUCUCGAUCCUGUUUCUGAUCUCUGCGUGAAAAUGUUUUAUGUUGUUGUUUAUGAAAGGGUCAGAGACGAGCUGGCGAGUGAGAUUGUACAUUCAGCCAAUCAAGCAAGGGGAUUAAGCGACGGGCCAAGCGAUGACGACCCGUCAAACGCGUGUUUAGAUGUUCAAGUAGCUCUUGCAGUUGUGUCCGAGAUCGUAUCGACUGUGAGGGCGUCUUCUACCAACACCGAGGCAGGUGUGGUGCACUGCGGACCACUUGGCAAGGAGGGUUCAAACCCCAGUAUUGAUGGGGGAAGGAGUGAUGACGUUGAAGUUGAAGCUGGUACUUCAGCACCCUGCCAAACGGGAACAUCGCCAUGGGAACUCGUGCCGGACCGUAUCCCGUUGCUGCGUGAGAAACUUGAAAGUGGUUCCCUUAUGGAAUUCCUGAAGAGCUUGUCGUCGUCAACAGGGGGUAACCAGUGUGGCGGCGCGAAGGUUGAUGGUCCGUCUGCAGCGAGGCCAUCAGGUGCAGCUUGCGGAGCACUACUUGGAGGCGCGCAUCCGGCACGUUCUUUUAUAGUAAGUCUUGUCCAACCACUACAUACGCUUCUUCUCGAUCAAUUCGGCACACGCUAUGUGCGUGCUGCCGAAGCGUACUACCGGAAGGAGCGCAGUGUGCAUCUCGCCACCAGGGAGGGCAGAAGUGGUUAUGUGACGUGGGUGCGCUCCUGCUACAGAUUGGAGCAGUUAUUAGUGAAAGAUAUGCGUGCACCGUUCUUUCACGACCUGCUACGUGCGCGUCUACACCGUGUAUUGUUGCUGGAAGUGCACAGCGAAAUUAUCCUCGACGACGAGUUUGGUUUUCGGGCGCUGUUGGAUGCAUGGAGCGCACAAACAAGUCCGCAUUUCGGUGCUCUACGAAAAGACUUCCUGAAACCGGUGGUAGUAUCGUCCCCGUCAUCGUCACUCGAAGAGACCGUCCACGAAAUUAUGGAUAGGUGUGAUUGUGCUUCUUCAUUGCAACACAUUGGAAAGGCCGCUGGGUCGAUGCAACCGAUGCGUGAAGGGCUUGCAUCCGCUUUGGGACUGCUUGUCACAACCUUUGCCGACACACAGAGUGAAAUAUGCAUUGCACUGCUGCGCCAUGAACUCGCCAAUAAGGUGGUGAUGGAUUCUGUGCCCCUUUUGGCCACAUACUUUGUGAUGGAGGAGAAACACCAUUUAGGACACAUCCACCCAAAGGGGCGACAAACUAAUGACGUGGAACCCGCGUUUUUGCGAGAUAUGGCGAAACUAGUCGUGGGCGGCCUUGUUGACAUGGUGGCACAGUACGGUAGCCUUGUACAGGUGCAGUUCCAUUCCCUUUCAUCAAUGCUCGUCGCUGUGCGUGAUGCACUUCGUGAAGUCCUCAAUCCACAUCGGUGGGAGCGGCAUACCGUCGACACACGGUCGGGGGUAAACGUCAACAGUGGUAAAUUUAGUGACAUGCUCCUCUUAGACGCGGAGCGACAACAGCCUCCUCAGAUCCACGGUUACGAACCCACGAGGGGUGCACGUGCAGCCCUCCGCAAACUGGCCGCUAUGCGGGAUGGGCGUUCGAUACCGAUGUCGCGGCUGGUUGCGGUUUACUGUGACGUUUUGGUUUCACAAAGCGGAACCCGCGGUGUUGCUGUUACCGCGGACAAAGAAACUGAAAUUGGGGGGAAAUGCGUGUCGCUGCCGGAAGGGAGUGAUAGUACGAGUGAUAUAGAUAGUGUAACAGCCCUUGCCGCACUCCUUGAUGACAAAGACGUGUUUCUUGAGGAAUACAAACAACUAUUAGCGCGCCGUUUGAUAAUCUUGUCGUCUUCAUUGUCACUUUCUCCCUCAGCACUUCCCACAGAGCUGUGUACGAAACCUAAUGCAGAGUACGAACACGCUAUGAUUCGUGAACUGCGAAGAACCUUUGGGCGGACUUCAACCCUAACCCUGAAGAUGAUGUUGCACGACUACACCCUAAGCUGCGCCAUGGGGAGUGCAUUUCGUCAAACCCCUUCUGCACAGCAACUGAAAUCCGGGAUAAAUGUUCAAGUGAUCACCGGUGCGCGGUGGCCAACAUACAGCACCGUGCCUCUCUUACCUUGCACUUCACUCGCAGCAGCCAUAUCAACAUUCAGCACAUACUACGCUGCGGCACAUCCAUUACGAACGCUCUCCUGGAUACACUCGCAGGGCACCGCUAACCUUGAGGCCUUGUUUCCAAAUGGUUCGAAGGAAAUUGUAGCAGAUACGAUACAGUCGAAUAUCCUUAUUCUGUUGAGUGAUGCAUACAAUACCGUGCGACGCAACCGUGACAGUGAGAGUCGGAGAGGAGUGGGUGAAGGUAAGUCGACAAAACGCUAUUUAACUGGGCAAGAAAUUGCUUCUGCCAUGGGGAUGAGUUUUGAGAACCUUUACGCCUACCUUAACCAGCUUGUACACCAUACGAGUUACAAGCUAAUUACCCGGGUGCCAUCCCCUAACCCUGAUCCCGCUGUUGAUCCAAAUGAGGCAUCGGUGCGUCCAGAAUAUGGCUACACUAUUAACGUGGAUUUUAAGCACAGUUCAAACAGUUUUAGGCUUCCAGUCCCUCAUCCACGCUGGAAUCAGAAGGCAUCUGGGGGCCAUCGUGUGGUUGGUGCGGAUGCCAUGGCUGCUUCACAGACAUUCGCUCUGGUGACUGAAAGUACGCGACGCCUACAGGUUGACGCUGCUAUUGUGCGGACCAUGAAACGGCACCGUUCACUCCCUUAUCAUGAAUUGAUGAGCACGACGGUGCAGGAGCUCUCGCGGUUCUUCGUCCCCAGCACCCAAUUCGUGAAGGUGCAGGUAGAAGGUCUCAUAGCACGAGAGUUUUUGAAGCGAAACGAAGCAAAUUCACAAUUACUCGAGUACGUUGUGUGA